AUGUUCGGCUGCCCUCGAGAAGCCGUUCGCGUCAAAGUGAAGAAAUGCGAGACCAGACAUCAACCAGAAUAUCGGAAGUUCAGUGUGGAUCCGCAGAUAACAUCCAUCGAGGUGCUUCAAAGUAUACUCAUCAAAGCGUUCGAUAUCAAAGGAGAAUUCACAGUUUCUUAUCGAGCAAUAGAUGAUUAUGGAUCAGAGACAUAUUUAUUCCUGCUUUCCGACUGGGACUUGGAUGCAGCAUUUAUUAGCGCCUCGGAACCAUAUCUAUACCUUCAAGUUAACCUAAAGCCAUUCGGAGAGACAGGUGACUGCGAAUGUUACUGGGAACAGAAUGCACAGGAAGUGUCGACGCGACAAGAAACUGGGUUUCCAUAUAAGACGCCCAAGUUACCAGGUCUUAUAAUGAAUAAGAUGGAAAGAACGUUGAACAUGGUUCAACGUGCUUUGGGUAACUUGGGCGAAGAAUCUUCACACCAACAAGGUGCUCAACCUCCACGGUCACCACUGACAGAUGCGGAGUUUCGACGAUUUCUGGAUCCUAUUGGACAAGUGAUACACCCUAAAGAAUUAAGAGCUGUUAUAUACUUCGGAGGAAUUGAACCUAGUUUACGAAAGGUGGUUUGGAAACACAUUCUAAAUGUAUAUCCUGAAGGCAUGUCCGGUCGUGAAAGAAUGGAUUAUAUGAAGAAAAAAGCGCAAGAGUAUCAAAAUCUCCGAGAAAAAUGGAAAACCUUAGUACAAAAGGGACAAAAUGUCGGAGAUUUGGCAUAUGUAACGAGUAUGGUACGGAAAGACGUUUUAAGAACAGAUAGACAUCAUAAGUUUUAUGGCGGUUCUGAUGAUAAUCAAAACACAGCCAGUCUUUUUAAUAUUUUAACUACAUAUGCCUUAAAUCAUCCAAGCGUUAGCUAUUGUCAAGGUAUGAGUGAUCUGGCUUCACCUCUAUUAGUUACUAUGAGGGAUGAGGCCCAAGCAUAUAUAUGUUUGUGUGCUCUUAUGAGAAGGUUGAAAGAUAACUUCAUGCUCGAUGGAAUUGCAAUGACUACAAAAUUUGCCCAUUUAGCUGAAGGUUUGCAACAUUACGAUCCGGACUUCUAUGCUUACCUAAAAUCUCAUCAAGCGGAUGACUUAUUGUUUUGCUAUCGAUGGCUUUUAUUGGAAAUGAAACGUGAAUUUGCUUUGGAUGACGCCUUAAGGAUGCUCGAAGUUUUAUGGGCUGCUUUGCCAGCGUCACCGCCGAACGGAGAACUUAGUUUAGCUGAAGUACCUUUCCCUCCGCCUUCACCACCGCCAAGUCCAAAUGUGAAACAUAUUCGAGAAAAUGCAUACACAAAAGUUUGUGCUAUAAGACGACAAAGUUCUUCCGUGAGUAUCGCUACUGCUGGUAAAAGAAAAGCUCUGAACACGGAGGAUCCAUCUUUACAAAGCUCUACAGAAACUAAUGGUGACUCAAAAAGAUCGAGCCCUCCUUACGAGACGUUUUCUGAACCAGAAAAUGAUUUGACGACAGCAAAAAAUCGAAGAAACACAGAAUCUACGGAAAAGUGCCUAAGUACAGAUUCUUUAUCUGGCAAAUCUAAGCGCGUGAAUUUACUGGAAUUGAAAGAAAGACUAUCGUUACCUAAUAAAGAUCAAAUUAAAAAUAAUGAACAAAAUGAUGGCGAAAAAAAAUGUGCUCGAGUAGUAAAAAAUCUGAAUGAAUUUUUGAACUUUACCAGCCUUAAUCGUAGCAAAGUAACACCAAGCGAUGCUGAACCAGAAUUGAGGCGUGUUUCAAGCGAAAGCGGAGUAAUUAGAGUUUUAAGAGAUGAACCAAGUUCUCCAGAUGAUCCAACAGAUUUCUUUCCAAUGACUACUUCAAUGACUAGAGAAUUAAGACUGGAAUUAGAAUCACUCGAUCGACAAGUCUUCGGACCAUCACCGCCAAGUGAUCAACAAUGUGAUUGUGUCCUUUCUAAAAGAGAGAGCGAAUUAGUUGAUAGUGAAACAGACACAGAAUUAGCCAGGUGUAGUCCAGCUGCGGAUGUGUUUGUUUGGGAAAAUCCGUUGCAUACAUUGCAACAGAAAACUCAUCCAGCUACUCCGGAUGAACAAGCGGAACUUGAAUACGAUGGUGAAAUAUUAGAAGACCAAAAUGGUGUCAAAUCUGUUACUCCAAUUAGGUUACUUAAACGCACUGCAAGGUCCGAAUCUGCUUCAGAUAGUGAGGAAGCUGAAAGUUGGCAUCAAAAUGCAACGGUACAGGAAAGUCCAAUAAAACAAUCAAUACAAGAACACUGUGAAGAAGCUACAGAACUUACGAAUCUCAUUCCCGCGGGAACUUGCGAAGAUCAGUUAGGAGAAAGUUCUCUACCACCGCCUCAUGAGUUUGGUGGUGGUAAUCCAUUUCUUAUGUUCCUGUGCAUUACCUUGUUAUUACAACAUAGAGACUUUGUUAUACGUAAUCAGAUGGAUUAUAAUGAAAUGGCAAUGCAUUUCGAUAAAAUGGUCCGUCGACAUAAUGUUAUUCGAGUGCUCAAUCAAGCUAGACAAUUAUUUGCUGGUUACCUUAGAAGGCAUUCUUCAACGUCAUUAGCCAUGAAAUCAGAUUCUGUAAACGUAUAACCUCAUAAUGCUUGAUCCUGUACUUAUUAAUAUCAUAUAUGAGAUACAGAAUGGACGAUUUUAAAGUAUAUUGUACCGUUCAAGACAAAU